CGACAAUCGAUGACUACAUGUGCAUCAGGCUUUUGGUUCGCGAGGGUCUACACGAGCCUGUUGCCAGUUAUUGAUCUCACACGGUGACACAACACUGCAUUGCUGUCAACGAAGAAAACACUCUCGGCCACGCAGCGUUCGUCGAAAACGCGCAGAUAAGUCGUUGCCAGCACCGUGAAAGAUCAUGUUCGCGAGCGUGAAAUAAAACGUAAAUGGUUAAUUUAUCAGUAGAGAGUAACAUUUCGCGGUGACGUCAUCUCAAUCUGAUAAAAAUGCAGGAAUUUUUCAAGGUGCAGGACACCUAAACUAAUCAUCCUUUAUGCCACGGUUUCGCGAUAUACGUCGAUAUUAUCUUCGGUGAUGGAUUUUUGCAGAUUGUAUAAGGAAAUCUAAUUUUCACAUUUCGUUCCUUUCAUCGGAUCGUUAUUGGUAUUCUCCUUAACGUUACGAUUCCCGGUGUCUUUCAGACCUCGGAUUAUCUCCGUAAGCGUUCUAACGAUUGUCAAAUGUGAUCGUGUAGUGCGCGAUGAAGAAGUUUACAUUUAAGGGUGUACUCGACGGUUUUCGAUCGUCGGUCGCUCAACAGGUUAAACCCGAUCAGGAAAUCAUCGAGAAUCUACGAUCGGAGCAUUUUCAAGUGAAAAAGACAUUUCGACAUGGCUUUCCAUAUCAACCUACUGCAGUUGCAUUUGAUCCUGUUCAAAGGCUACUUGCUAUUGGAACUAAAUCAGGAUCGCUUAGAAUUUUGGGAAGACCUGGAGUAGAUACUCAUGUAAAGCACGAGGGUGGUGCAGCUGUAAUACAGCUGCUGUUCCUAGUUAAUGAAGGAGCUCUGGUAUCUGCUACUGCAGAUGAUACUUUACAUCUGUGGAAUUUCAGGCAGAAAAUACCACAGGUUGUGCAGAGCCUGAAGUUUCAACGAGAGAGAAUAACGUGCAUGCACCUACCUCUUCAAAGCAAAUGGUUGUACGUCGGAACGGAACGAGGUAACAUUCACAUACUCCAUAUUGAAACGUUCGUUUUGUCAGGGUACGUGAUCAACUGGAACAAGGCCAUUGAAGUAUCGAGAAAAACUCAUCCCGGGGCUGUGAUACAUUUGAGUGAUAAUCCUUUAGAUUUGAGCAAGAUGCUGAUUGGUUACGAGUCUGGUCAGAUUGUUCUUUGGGAUUUGAAACUAAAAGCCGCAGAUUACAGAUGUCAAGCUGAUGAACCAUUGAGAUCGAUAUCCUGGCAUCACGAAGGCAAACAGUUCAUGUGUAGUCAUACUGAUGGUUCGCUCUCUACCUGGGCUCUACGCCAAUUAAAACCAAUAAAUGUUAUCCACCCACACGCAAAAAAUACUAAGGAUGGUGAACCGGAGGCUUGCAAGUCUAUUCAAAAAGUCGAGUGGAAACUGUCAAGAUCUGGGGAAGCGUACGUCAUAUUUUCUGGAGGGUUGGCUUACGACACAACCGGUAGAACACCCAGUAUUACAGUAAUACAAGGAAAAACGACAACAGUCUUGGAAAUGGAGCACAGUGUCGUUGAUUUUAUAACCCUGUGCGAAAGUCCUUGGACCAGUGAUUUUCAAGAUCCUUACGCUGUUGUUGUCUUACUUCAAAAUGAUCUGGUUGUGAUUGAUCUAUUGACAGCUGGUUUCCCAUGCUUUGAGAACCCAUAUCCUAUGGAUAUUCAUGAAUCUCCUGUGACUUGCUGUGCAUAUUUUGCGGAUUGUCCUUCGGAUUUGGUACCUGCUUUCUACUCGGUGGGUUCGAAAUCUCAAAAGAAAACAGGAUUCAGCGAAAAGGAAUGGCCGAUCUCCGGAGGCGAGUGGAGUCCAAACUCCAGCAGCUACAAUGAGAUCAUUCUCACUGGGCACGCUGACGGUAGUAUAAAGUUCUGGGAUGCAUCGGCUGGCACGUUGCAAGUACUUUAUAAGCUGAAAACAGCAAAGCUCUUCGAGAAGAGCAGAACGCGUAGCUUAGAUUCCGAGGAGGAUCCACUUGCUGUGCAAUUGAUUUUCCUGUGCCCUGAAAGCCGGAAGCUUGCGAUUGCUGGUUCCGGAAGGCACGUGAUACUCUUUAAGUUCAAAAAGGUUGAGAGCAUGUCGGAAAUUGUGACACUGGAGAUUCCAUUGACGUCAGAUCCGUCUAAGGAGACUGAAUGUUCUCCAGAUUACGAGUAUCCACCAAGUGGUAACGUUGCCGGAGAAGAAUUGAAGAAUCAUUCAGUCGAGUAUACUUAUCCGUUGAAGGUUAAGGGUGGUUUGCAGAAGAGAGCUGCUGGUUUUCAAGCGACCUUGAUCUGUUUGACACCAUGGAUAAAUGGCGAGCAACCUGAAAACAUUACGGCACUCAGUUUAAAUUCUUCAUACGGUCUACUGGCCUAUGGAAGUGAAACGGGACUCGCGAUCGUGGACAUUGUACAAAAGGUUUCCCUACUGGUGAUGAGCACUGCUGAUCUAUGCAGCAACACUGACACUUAUCAACGUGCAUUACGUAGUCCAAAACGUCAGGAUGAAUCGAAGAAAGAAAAUGAUGACAAAGCCAGAAGCCCAAGCAUAGAUCAGAUUCAUCAGAAUCAGCAAUCGACAUCUGAAUCCGAGCCUGUAGUAGCACCAUUAGAAGACACGGUCGUCCUCUCCCUUCAUCAUCCUCAACAACAGGUGCACCAGCCUCCAAUUCACGAGGAUUGUCACGGUGUGAACAGUGAUCACAAAGGGAGCACAGAGGAGACUGCUGCUGGGAAUCCUGCUAAAGGAGGGAUCGCCGCAGCGCCCUCGGAAGAUGAGAAUCUUCGCAAGAACUAUAGCUGGAAAGGAUUUAGCCUCAAGAGACAACUGAGCAAGGUCGACCUCAAAAUCAAGAACACCUUCGUCGCUUCGUCAUCAUCCCAGAAUGGGGCAGGUAGCAACAGCAGUAGCAGUGGUACCAGUACAACGAGCAACAACCAAAAGCGUUCUGUAUUUUACUGCAACCCCAGCGAAAGUACAACGCCCUUGUCGCCAGUCGAGAGUGUCGGCUCAGAGUCUUCAUCAUCACCAGAGAAAAAUUCACCUCAGCACGAAAAGUCACCCUCGACAGAAUCCAAGUUUACCAGCAGCGACGGCAAGAGUGUGAAUUCUCAGAUUGAGACUGAAAAAAUAAAAAGUAUCACUGGUACAGAAGAUCAAGGAAUAACAGCAACAACAGAGCCAGUACGACCAGCAGACUUACCACUAUUUGACAACGAAUGCAAACCACCCGUUAGAACGAAACGUGCUGGCAAGGAGAAGCUCCCUAAGAGAGAAGGUCGUUUGUUAUCAGUGCCAAACAUAAAGUAUCAAAAGAACGACGGAGUACUUUGCGAUCUGAGAUGUGAGGAUUCUACGAGCACCGAGUCCUUUGCUGGAAAUUUUAUGAGAAGAUUCAUUUUUGGGAAUGCUGGCCGGGUAGACAAGCUGGACAAUUCGUUCCAGCGCUCACGAAGUUCGAGCAUGUCCUCGUUGGAGAACAUUGCCACCGAAACCAUCAGCUGCCUUACAUUCGCCGAUUCUUAUACAAAGAAAAGCGAUGCUAGUGCUUUACCAACCUUAUGGAUUGGCACGUCUUUGGGUUCCAUACAAACUAUUGUCUUUAAUGCGCCUGCCCAUGGCGAACGAGAUUCGCAGCCUGUGAUCGUCUCUACUUAUAGUGGUUCUAUGUUUAAGUUAAAAGGCUCCAUCUUAACUAUGUCCUUCCUGGAUUGCAACGGUGCUCUCAUUCCGUACUCUUACGAGUCUUGGAAGGAUGAGAAUCUUGACUACAGGGAUCGCAAUAAGGCCCAAGGCAAAUUUGCAAACAGCAAGUCAUCCUCGCUAAAUGCACAAGUCGUAGGCGAUGGAUUUGAAGAUCGGCAAUUUGUCGUACUGACGUCUGAGAAACAGGCCCGUGUCGUUGCUCUGCCAUCUCAAAAUUGCGUCUACAGGCAACAGUUGGCUGAUGCCGAUAUCGUGAUCAAAGCGGAAAUAACUUCGCUGAAAGACAGCGUCUGCCUCGUCUGCUAUGUCUCAAGCGGACACAUAGCUACUUACAGUCUGCCGAGUCUUAGGCCGCUGAUCGAUGUUGACUUUCUGCCGCUGUUGGAUCUCAGUUUUCAGACGACAAAACACGGCAUUGUAGACCCCAUGUUGUCCAUAUGGGGUCACCAACUCUUUGUAAAUGGCGAUACCGAUCAAAUCGCAAGGACACUCUGCUUUAGCAACAAAGGACACGGGCUGUACCUCUCGUCGCCUACAGAGAUACAAAAGUUUUCAGUCUCCAGUGAAUUCUGUUCCGAGCUAACUGAAAUGAUGGGAGACAUGUUCAUUGGACACGACAUGCCGGAACCACCUAAGGAGAGCUUCUUCAAAGGUUUAUUCGGUGGUGGAUCGAGGAGCCUAGAUCGAGAAGAGCUGUUCGGCGAGUCCAGUGGUCGUGCUUCUCGCACAGUGGCAAAGCAUAUACCAGGUCCCUUGACGAAUACCGAGGGUCUGCGAGAACGAGUGUCGACGGCUACCGGGGAUGUAGCUAUGGCUCAUCAAAUGGUUAUGGAACGCGGUGAAAAAUUGUCUCAGCUGGAGGAUCGAACGGCACGUAUGAUGUCCGAGGCCGACAACUUCUCGCAAUCGGCACACGGUCUCAUGGUCAAGUAUAAAGACAAAAAGUGGUAUCAGCUAUGAGGAAACUACGCGUGUCAGAGCGUCACUGGGUAGACGGGUAGAGGAACUUCAAUGUAAUUUAGCGUUCACAUUUCAUCCGUGCGUUCUGUCGUAAAACUGUAGUAUAAAUAAUACAACACAUGUACCAGGUGCAACGUACACCGCAAAACGGGACACCCUUUUCAUGACAUUGGAACAAGUACGAUUUUGCUUCUCGAGGAUACAGAGAGAACAAAGGAAUACAGGCACACAGAACGGAAGUGGAGAAAAAAUUGGAGAUAGCUAUAUAUACGAUACACAAAGUUAUACACGCACAUGAUUAUACUCUGUACCCUAAUUAAAUUGGAAGAAGAUGGGAAAAAAGGAUUUAACUGACAAGAAUUAAAUUACGUAUACACGCGUUUGCCGUACGCUGAGACAGAGAAGAAACACGUUAAAAAUGCAUAGGAAAUAUUAAGUGUGCACGCGCGAUUUCACGAGGGUGUAAUUACAUGCGGUACAUACUUAUUAUUAUAUAUACAUGCCGAUACAUAUAUAAACCAUGAGGCAUUGGCAUGUAAGUUUUACGUAUGGGAUGUAAAAGUCAAUACAACAAGUUGUUUAAUAAUUUGUCUUUUAUUCGCUGACUCUCGUCGAUUCAUUCGGAUGUUCCCGUCGGACUUGUUUUCGUCGCUAUUUGCUUUGUUAUCUUGAUCCAUCACUCCUUGACAAAUUGUACACGAUCGAGUCGGUCGAUCGUGGGAUCUAAGAUCCACUGUAUUUUGCGAGGUCUAUCGAUGAACUUCUGAAGGGAAAGGAAAAAUAAAAUUGAUGAAGAAGACUAUGCGUAACUACGUCCUGCAAGGAGUCGUGGCCGUUUUUUUUUGCUCUGGAAUAUAACAAAGUGAUAAAAUAUGUAAGUGAAGGGUCAACUGUCCGAAUGCAUCGAGAAAUGUUAUAUUAUAGUAGUAGCUACAGUGCGAAAAAUUAAUUAUGAUUUUAAGGAUAAUUAUGUUGUAAGGAUUAUCGGCUGGAUGGGACAAAGAAACUCCAGACAGCAUUGGGCAUGACGAAAAGAGUUAUUAGCUGUUGUGACUUGUAGUUACCGCUAGACGUGUUAUGUAUAUAACAAUACAAUUAUAUAGCAAAGAGCAAAGAAAAGAAAAAAAACGUAUGUGUUGAAAAAAAUAUUUACUCGAAAAAAAAAUGUGUUAUUAAGUUUACCUACUAAGAUGUGUCAAACUCGGUUAUUUGAAUUCCAAUGAAUUUCAAAACUGUCUGUCGGCAACACUAUUAAAGGGCGCAACUGUAAUGAACAAGUAUUGUACUUUUAAUUAUACGAGUAUAUAAUAGAUUAUAUAUAAUGACAAUAUACGUUAUAAUAAAUUCGAUUGAAUUUAUCGUUGCUCCGAAUCAUCGUACUGCUUCCAUAGCAAUAACUGUAUAGUCAUGAUAAACGGUAUAGACAACGCGUCACCUUCAUGAAUGAUAACAGGAGGAGAGAAAAGAAAAAGAAAAAAGCAGGAAGGAAUUAAAGAAAAUGAAAAUUGUGUAUAUUGAGCGUGAGUACGUGGAUUAGCGUGCAUUCGUAAUAUGUCGACCGAGAAGGAAAGAGGAAAGACGUGAGAAAAAAAACAGAUAACCUAAAGAACACUUAAGUGGGUAUAAAUUUUCUUGGACAAUAUUCUCAUUAAACUUACUCCAUUUCAAUCGUAUAUUGUAUAACAGUUACAGUAUAAGUUUAAUGGUACAGAUUCAAUGAGCUCAUUUGUCUCUAUUCCGAAUCGAUUAAAACUGUUCGAAAACAACCGUUUACUUUUGCAUUGAUAAACUUUCAUUUUGGGCUAAUGUGAGUCGCUUACCUUUCGGUUUGCUUUUCUCGAUUGACAUUGAUUUAAUGAUUUUAUCGAAUUUUACUUUAUUACAGAAAUAUAUUUGUUAUUCGAAUUCAAUCGAAUAAUCGGCCAAUGAUUACUUACUUUCGAGCUGCGGCCCUCUUUCUGUUAGUUCACUCCAAAAACCGACCAAGACAUUUUUACUUCUUAAAGAAAACAAAUAAACAAAAAAGAGGUAAGGGGGGCAGGGAUAUAUAAGGAGAUAAGUAACCAUUGAUAGAAUGCACGAAAUAUAAUCAAACUAUAAUAAUUACGUUAACCAAGCAAAUUUAUACUCCAUUUUACUCGUAUUGUAUGACGUCAAGAUUUUUGGCUUUACCUUCAGUUCUCAUUGGGUAGCAACACUGUGGAUGGACGAAGCCCCAAUAUUAUAUACAGGGUUAUUCACGGCAUACGCACCAGAGUAGGGUGGCAUCAUUAAGAAAAAUGAAAGUUAACGUCGUAAUAUUGGUUUCAUUAUGAUUUUCAAAUUUUUUCAUUUGUUUAACGAGGCCAAACUACGUGGAUUAACAAAAUUGUUCAAUCGCAUUCAACUUCAGCUGGUGCGUUUGCCGUGAAUAAACCUUGUAUAUAUAUACACAUAUAUAUAGAUAUAUAACGUUAAUUUCAAGUGUCCAAGUACACUGGAAUUCUUCAUAUUUUAAAUUUAUACUAAUAACGAUCUCAUAUAUGAUUUUCCUUCUCUAAGAGAUACACGUCAUAAGUCUAGUACUGCCUGGAUCAAAGUACUGCCUGGAUGACACAUUGUAUCUUGGACCCGAGUAAAAAAUGAGUUUGAAAUAAAUUGUCAAAUGAUUAAAA